CACGAUGUCACCUGAUUCUGGGGCGCACAGGGGCCCGGGGCAGGGGUUGUUGCCCUGUGCGAGGUGGCGGCUCCCGUCUGAGCGGGGCCCCCGGCUCGGGCAGCCCUCCUGGGAGCGGGCCGUGUGGGUUCUGGGGGCCGCUGGGUGGGUGGGUGCGGCCUCUGUGGCCUGGCCCUCUGGCCGCCCCGUCUAGAGCCUUUAUCCCCCAAUAUAAUUUGGCCCCAGGAAGAGUUAAAACCCAGCAGCUCUCCUGGGACUGAAUCCCUGGUAGCUGGUAGCCCUGUGCCUUUCCCCUUCCCCAGAGGAGGGGUGCCCCAGGUCACAGAGCCCAGCCGGGGAAGCCGGGGGCGGCGGGUGACCUUCUCUUCCCGUUCUUGAGCACCGUCUCCCACCUGCUCCCGAGUAGAAGGCUCAGGAAAUUUGGAGGACAAGGCGGUGCUGGUGGUGAUGGUAGCAGAAGGAAUAAAGUGAUGUAAACUCGUGGAGUGUUUAGAUAAAGGACUCUGUGAGGGACACCAGAUCUCCUCCCUGCUGACGGCUACCCCAGCAGGUCCUGGCUGGCAUCAACUCCGGUUAGAGGGGAAGCCGAGGAUGAGGUGUGGGGAGGAGUCAUCCAUGGUCCCUUGGCGUGGCAGGGACCAGGACUGAGGCCUGGACCCGGGCUCCAGUCCCCAUUCAUAGUCCCAGCAGCAGCUGACUGCCACCUUCACGUUUGCAGGGUUCUUUUUCAUUUUUUUCUAAUUAGUAGACUUCUAAAUUAUUAUUAAUAGAGAUUUUUUUGUUUUUGUUUUUGAACAGUUUUAGGUUUACAGGAAAAUGAGUGGAAAGUACAGGUUUCCCCAAAUCCCUCUCCAGGGUCCCCGAUGAUGACCACCUUGCAGUAAUGGGUGUGCCGCCUUGUCACGAUUGAAGAGCCAAUUUUUUUUUUUUUUUUCUGUACGCGGGCCUCUCACUGUUGUGGUCUCUCCCGUUGCGGAGCACAGGCUCUGGACGUGCAGGCUCAGCGGCCAUGGUUCACAGGCCCAGCCACUCCACGACAUGUGGGAUCUUCCCGGACCGGGGCACGAACCCGUGUCCCCUGCAUUGGCAGGUGGACUCUCAACCACUGCGCCACCAGGGAAGCCCGAAGAGCCAAUAUUAAUGCAUUCUUCUUAGCUGAAGUCUGUAGUUGACAUAGGGGUUCUCCGUUGGUGUCCUGCAGUCUCUGGGUUUGGGCAAAUGUACACUGACACGCGUCCACCAUCACAGUAUCACACAGAGUAGUUUCACUGCCCUGAAAAUCCCCUGUGCUCCUCUGACUCGUGCUUUCUCCCAACCCCUGGAAACCAAGGAUCCUUUUUUUUUUUCCCAAGGAUCCUUUUACUGUCCCCACAUAGCUCUGCCUUUUCCAGAAUGUCCUGGAGUUAGAAUCACUGUGUGUUGCCUUCUCAGACUGUCUUCUGUCACUUGGUGAUGUGUUUCUGGUUCCUCCGUGGAAGAGAACAGAGAGCCCAGAGACAGACCCGCACAGUGUAGUCACCUGGUCUUUGAUGAGCAGCAAAGGCAAUCUGUAUACUUUUAAAACAGCCAGGUAAACUGGAUAUCCCAUCAAUUUAUUACUUUUUUUUUUUUUUCCCUUUUGGCUACACCUCCCGGCUUGCGGGAUCUUGGUUCCCCGACCGAGGAUUGAACCCACGCCCUCGGCAGUGAAAGCGCGGAGUCCUAACCACUGGACCACUAGGGAAUUCCUAAUUUAUUACAUUUUUUAAUUAAAAAGGGACUUGAGCUUCUUGGAGAAGAUUAGGAGAAUUCUGGAAUUCCCCCGGCCCCUCUCAGGCCCUGAACCUCCCAGACACCUUUAACCUGCGUGUUGCUCCUUGUCUGGGCCGAGAGGUCACGUUUCUUUCUGCUUAUCAGAGUCAUAGAUACUCCCUGGCGAGAAAGCAGAUAAUGCAUUUAAUUUCAAGAGAAAAAUGAAAGUCUCCAUGAGCCUCUGCCCAGACAGAAUCUCCGAGGCCAACCUGGUGCAUUUCUUUUCCACCUUUUUAAAUUUAAACUCAAGGUGGACGCCGUCAGACAACACAAGGCUUUCCUGACCUCGAGCCUGGUCAUCGAUGGCACCUGUGUCGUGAUGCCGUCCCAGCCCCUCCGCCGUGUUCCAGGCUCCUGCGACAGCUUAGGGUAGCAGCUGUGUCCGCCGUCGGGCACCCGGGCUGGUGGCUUUUGCUUUGGCCCCUGCUCUGGGAGGAAAGCUUCCCGGGCUGUGGGCACUCACAUCCACAGGUGCUUUGCCCAACAGCCUCGCUUCCUGCUCUUCGGCUCGCAGCCCUCACAGACAGGUGUGGGUGACACGUGACAGCGAGCAAGGUGAACCUCCUGACAGGUUACAGCAGUGCUUUUCUUUUCCUACCAAAUAUAUCGCGAAAACUGUGAUGAUGGAAACGCAGGUGGUCAAGUGGAGGACUGACAGGCCGGGUGCUCCCGCCUAAUCCUCCCGGAAUUAGGGCUCCAGGGGAGGAAUCUGCUUUCGCGCCUGGAAGCUGUUAAGAAGCAGGCACGUAAGCCAGUGAGGGCUGCUGGCACCCCUGCUUUCUGGACCAUUCUGUGUCGUUCUGCAGAGCCCUAGCAUGGGGUGAAGACGUCUAGAAAUCUGUCACGUUUCCUGAUCCCUCUGCUGCUGUCGCCCUCACCUUGUGGCUGACCUUGACCUGCCUGCGCGCCUCACCUCACUCCUCUGCACUCUGCUCUGCCCGACGCCCCGAUCCUGCCAAAGACGAGGCCCAGCCCCUGGCUUCACGGCUCCGGCUCAAGGGCCACGCCCAGCAGCUCCUGCCCCGCACACACCCGUCCCCUCCUGCUUCAUCCAGCCUCGGACCGCGCCGGUCUCGGCUGAGGGCAGCACGUUACACUGCUGUCUGCACCUAUGAGAAAGUUCUCCACGGAGACAGGGGUGUUGGCAGAUGUAUCUCUAGUGUGAGGACGGUCUUUUCAUGAAGCUGGUCUUCAGGAAUGAUGUGUCAGAUGGUUCUAGUUUCCCCAAACCCUCCAGGGAUGCGGGAUUUGCAGCCCCACGCCCGCAAAGAAGAGGGAGGGCGAGCUGACGGUGGCCCAGGGCCGCGUCAAGGACCUGGAGUCCGUGUUCCACCAGAGUGAGGCAGAGCUGGCCGCUGCUCUCAGCGACAAGCGCGCCCUGGAGAACGACGUGGUGGAGCUGAGGGCCCAGCUGGCCAAGGCGGAGGAUGGGCACGCAGUGGCCAAAAAGCAGCUGGAGAAGGAGACGCUGAUGCGCGUGGACCUGGAGAACCGCUGCCAGAGCCUGCAGGAGGAGCUGGCCUUCCGCAAGGACGUCUUUGAGGAGGAGGUGCGGGAGACGCGACGGCGACACGAGCGGCGCCUGGUGGAGGUGGACAGCAGCCGGCAGCAGGAGUAUGACUUCAAGAUGGCCCAGGCACUGGAGGAGCUGCGGGCGCAGCACGAUGAGCAAGUGCGGCUGUACCGCCUGGAGCUGGAGCAGACCUACCAGGCCAAACUGGACAACGCCAAGCUGAGCUCCGACCAGAACGACAAGGCCGCCAGCGCCGCUCGGGAGGAGCUUAAGGAGGCCCGCAUGCGGGUUGAGUCCCUCAGCUACCAGCUCUCCGGCCUCCAGAAGCAGGCGAAUGCGGCCGAGGACCGGAUCCGGGAGCUGGAGGAGACCGUGGCCGGGGAGCGGGACAAGUUCCGGAAGAUGCUGGACGCCAAGGAGCGGGAGAUGACGGAGAUGCGGGAUGUGAUGCAGCAGCAGCUGAACGAGUACCAGGAGCUGCUGGACGUCAAGCUGGCCCUGGACAUGGAGAUCAGCGCCUACCGCAAGCUCCUGGAGGGCGAGGAGGAGAGGCUGAAGCUGUCCCCCAGCCCGUCAUCGCGCAUCACCAUCUCGCGGGCCACAUCGAGCAGCAGCGGCAGCAGCGUGUCCGUGUCCGGGCGCCUGGGCCGCAGCAAGCGGAAGCGGCUGGAGGUGGAGGAGCCGCUGGGCACGGGCUCCAGCGGCACCGGCUCCAGCAGCAGCAGCUUCCGCCUGGCCCAGCAGGCCUCGGCCUCGGGCAGCAUCAGCAUCGAGGAGAUCGACCUAGAGGGCAAGUUCGUGCAGCUGAAGAACAGCUCGGACAAGGAUCAGUCUCUGGGCAACUGGAGGAUCAAGAGGCAGAUCCUAGAAGGGGAGGAGAUCGCCUACAAGUUCACGCCGAAGUAUGUGCUGCGGGCCGGCCAGACGGUCACGGUAUGGGCAGCCGGUGCAGGGGUGGCUCACAGCCCCCCGUCAACGCUCGUGUGGAAGAGCCAGAACAGCUGGGGCACGGGCGAGAGCUUCCGGACCAUCCUGGUCAAUGCUGACGGGGAGGAAGUGGCCAUGAGAACCGUGAAGCAGUCCUCGGUGGCGCGGGAGGCCGAGGACGGGGAGGAGGGUGAGGACGAGGCGGCCGAGUUUGGAGAGGAGGAUCUUUUCCAUCAGCAGGGGGAUCCGAGGACCACCUCUCGAGGCUGCCGCGUCAUGUGAACCGAACAUGCCUCGUCACACGUCUUUCUUUAUCCAGGGCCACUGAAAACUAUUUUUAUAUCGUUGGCUUCUUUAGUCCUUGGUACAUUUCUAGAGAGUUUUUAAGCGAACUGCCAGAGCGUGGGGGUGGGUCUCUGCUGAACUUUCCUGUUGCUGGGUUUCCCUGGGCCCUUCAUCACCACUGUCCAGAGUGUUAAGUGCCCCGUUCUCACCUUUCAGUUGAGUUUGGGGCCCAGGAGCCGAGUGGCUAGCGGGCUUUGGGCUGGGAGUCCAGGGGGCCCGUCCACCGCUUCGGUCUCAGCUGCAGCCUGGGGUCAGGGCGGGAGAGGAGGCCUGAGGUGGACAGAGCAGAACUGCACGUAGGAAUCCAAUAGUUGUUUGUUUUAUUAAGCUUUUAAAAAAACCAGAUUUAGAAUCCAGGUUCUGACCUGGUGGGGGGAAGGGGCACCCUGUGGAAGUUUGGUGGCUCAGCCAGCCGAGCGCCAGAACAAGGGAAUCGCAGGCUUUUGCCGUCAGGCCUGGGCUUGGGGUUUGUCACAGUUUCUGCUCUGCUCUCAGGAAUGGGGUGCGUGGGGUCGGCCUCCUGGCUCCCUCUCUGGCUGCUGGAGCCUCACGCUUCUGGGGCUCUCUGCAGCUGAGUUCCUCACCUUACGGGGAUCCGUUAUAAGACUUGUCCUCAGGUAAGCCUUGAGGGGACAGGUGUGACGAAUUCGGAAACAAAUGCCUUGGGCUCCAGCACGAUGUCCACCUGUAACCACCGCUUCCCACCCUCCCGUCGGAGGAGGGUGACUUCAGGGCGAGACGCUGGACUCCCCGUGCUCCGACUCCGUGCCUUGUGCACAGGGCACGCUGACUCACGUGUAUUCUUGGGCAUGUACUAAUAUCGCGGCUUCCUCUGUAACUUCUUGCUGAAAUGGUGUUCCUGAGACAGACCUGCCCGGGCCAGUUGACCGCUACGGGAUGGCUCCAUGUCACGGUCCAGCUUCUGGCCGCCUGGCCGCCCCCUCCCUGCAUCAGCUUACCUUCGACGCCUCUGCCACGUAGAUACACAGAAGUUAUUUUUUUAACGGAUAUUUAUUUUUUUACAUCGGUCAGUACACACAUUGCCUGGAUCCCACCUCAGGGGCUCAUGUAUGCCAGGGUCACCAGGACAGUCCCCCGAGGGGGUGGCAUUGGGGCGCCUGUCUCUGUGGGCUCUGAGGCCCCAGACGGCAAACUUCUUUCAGUAAGCGCAGCUCAAGUCUUAAAAGACGCAAUACUGAGCCAUGGAGGUGGCCUGCCCCCACCCCAGGCCGGGAGCAGCCCACCUGCGUCCUUUCCCUGGGAAUCGAUCAUGGCGACGGGGGCCCGAGGCCUGAGCCCCAGGCCGGGAAGGUGCCAGUGGCCGACAAAACUAAGCUGCUUCUGAGUCUAGAAUCCCCUGCAGACUCUGGCUUUAAGUCCGAGCACCUUUCCGUGGCCACCUGAGUCCCUGGACCGCGGGCUGUCUUCCUUCUCCCAGAAGUAGCAGGAGCUGAGGGAGCGUGAGGGUCUGGGGAGCCUGAUGAGAUGCUGGGAGGGUGGGGCUGGGUGGCACUCAAGCAAGUGGGAACUGCACUGGCUACAUCCUUCAAGGUAUUUUGAGAGUCUCUGGGGAUCAGAGGUCUGUCCUGGAAUUUGGGGUCUGAAUUGCUGAAGCAGUUUUGCAGGCUGGGCUCGAGGACAGGAAGGAAGGGAGAGGGCCCCACCCUCCCUGCAGGCCCAGGGGUCCUGAAAAACAGCCCAAGGGCUGCCCUAGUGCCUGCAGAGCCCCCAGGCUCACUGGUAGGGGUUGUUCCCAGCAGAUGAAUUUUCUUGCCUGCUUGAGAUCUUGGGUGGAGCCUGAAGUGGCCCAGACAGGCGCUGGGAUGCCCUUGGCUGGUGGGGGGAGGGUGCACUGGACUGGUGGCCACUUGUGGCUGGAGGCUGGUGACCGUCAUUGGUAAUCAAGUAUUUGAAAACACGGAGCAGAGUCCAAUGUUACAAUGUCAGCCAGGGCCUGGGAAAUCGAAUUUGCAUUUGUCCUUAAACAUACUUAACAUUAAGCCACUUAAAAUGAUGCAGAAGCGAUUCUUUUUUCUAAGCCCCUGUCAUGUGAUGAGGAGCACCCUUCCGGAGAAAACCCACUCUUCCCAGCCCUGGGGAGGGACGGCCUCCGGGGAUGUGGCCGGCAGGAAUCAACCCCUGGGAGACACCAGUGCCUCCCCCCGCUCCCCGCCCGCGGUCUGGGCGCUCAGCUGUUGCCACAGCAGCCAAGCUCAGACUUGGGCUCGUUUUUACCCACACCGUCUACCCAGCAGUUCUAUUUAUAUCAGCAUAUCCGAGCUGGGACUGACAUUCCUCAAGGACAUUAAAGCUACUGGAAAGGUCUUAAUUCUGAGCCCGAAAGGGAUCAUCAGCACUACACGCUAGUGGGCUCGGUUUCAAGAACUCGGCUGUUUGGACACGUUUCAGAGAUCUGUUGGUGGUUUUUAUGAUGCAUGCCAAACGUGUGGUCUUUUGUUUUCUCCGAUUUGUAAUACACGUUUUAUGACUGGAAACUUUUUUAUACAACACUCCAAUAAACAUUUUGGU